AAGACGAUCAUGGCACGUUAUCAGCUCAUUAGCUCCCUGCUGCUCCUGGCCAUCCUGGUGGCUCACGUAUCCGCUGAGGCGCCACGUCGUUUGCGCUUCAAUCGGCAGCGUCAAGUGUCUGCCAGGCAGGAAGUGCAGCCAACGCCUUAUCCGUCGGCGGAUGAGCUGAAACCGGAGGAGCCAGCACUCAUCUAUGGCCCACCCCCGUCUUCGGAUGUGGAUGAGCUGCCCGCUGAAGAGGAACCGCCAGCAAACAGCUUCCAGCCCGAUGCCGAGGAAGUAGACAUAGAGGAGAACUCGCUGGAGGAGGUGACCACACCAGCAGCUGUUGCUCGCUUGCGCAGCAGCCGCCAGAGAUUAGCCAAGCUGCAACUGGCCAAGGCACAGCCCAAGCGCCAGCGUCAGCGCAUUGCCCGCCUGGAAGAGUUGCCGGUUGAGGCAGCAGCACCAGCUGUUGCUGUGGCUCCGGCAGCCGCCUUGCCCACUCCACAGUUCUACUAUCUGGGUGGCCAGCAGCCCUACGUUGUUGCCUACAAUGCAGCCCCUCAGCAGCUGGCGUGGUAA